AUGUCCAACACCCCAGGCCUGAACGUCAUCGCCCUCGUCUCCGGCGGCAAAGACUCGCUCUACUCCAUCCUGCACUGCAUCCGCAAUGGCCACAAGGUCGUCGCGCUCGCAAACCUCCAUCCGCCGACCCCUCCUCCCGGCCCCGGCCCUGCCCCUCCCGCCGACGAUGGCGCCACAGACGAAGAACAAGACAUGGACAGCUUCAUGUACCAGACCAUCGGACACAGCAUAAUCCCGCUCUACGAAUCUGCCCUCCACAUCCCGCUGUACCGUGCGCCCAUUACCGGCGGCGCGGUCGACACCGCCCGCGUCUACCGCGACGCAGCGGCGGACCACAUGGCCGAUUCUGGACACCCCCAUGCGUCUGCGGCUGCAGCUGGCGACGACACGCAGACCCCCGAUGAGACGGAGUCGUUGGUGCCGCUGCUGCGGCGCGUGAUGCAGGCGCACCCCGAGGCCAAUGCCGUCUCCGCGGGUGCCAUCCUCUCGACCUACCAGCGCACGCGCAUCGAGAACGUCGCCGCACGCCUGCGCCUCGUGCCGCUCGCCUGGCUGUGGCAGUACCCCGUGCUGCCGCGGGCGGUGCCGGCGCUCGACGCGGACGCAGGCCUGCUGGAAGAUAUGGCGGCGGCCGGGUGCGAGGCGCGCAUCAUCAAGGUGGCGUCGGGCGGGCUGGACGAGUCGUUUCUGUGGGGGGAUGUGGCGGGGCGCGAGGGCGCGCUGCGUCGGCGGAUUGGCAAGGCCAUGCGGCGGUUUGCGGCGCCUGAGGACCUGCGCGGUGCGGUGCUCGGCGAGGGCGGCGAGUAUGAGAGUCUGGCGCUGGAUGGGCCUGCGUUCCUGUGGAAGCGGCGGAUUGAGGUGUCGCGGCGCGAGGUGCGCUCUGGCGAGGGCGGCGUUGGGUUUGUUGCGCUGGGCGCGGCGCGGUGCGUUGAGAAGGAGAAGGAGGAGGACGGGUCUGGGAUUGCGCCGCGGGAUGUGCGUGCCCCGGCGCUGCUGGAUGAGCGGUUUGCGCGGGCAUGCGAGGCGCUGGCCGCUGCGGAGGCGCGCGAGGAUCGCAGCGACGAGGUCGUCCGCGGGCAGGUGAGUGUGUCUGCUGGUGGAUGGGGCGCGCUGGCGCAGUCGAGGAACCGCGAGACGUGGACGGUGUCGAAUAUCACGGCGACUGAGGCGGGCCCCGGUGCUGCGGAGCAGAUGGCGGCGAUUGCGUCGAAGAUUCGAGGUGUACUGGGGGAGGGGGGCCGGUCGACGACGGGCGAUAUAGUGUUUGCUACAGUGCUGCUGCGCUCGAUGGCAGAUUUCCCGGCCAUGAACGCGGCCUACGUCUCGCUGUUUAAGAAGCCGAACCCGCCGGCGCGUGCUACGGUUGCCUGCGGGGACUGUCUACCGGACGGUGUGGCCGUCAUGGUCUCCCUAGUGGUGGACUUGGGCUCGCGAGAGCGCCGCCAGGGUCUACAUGUUCAGUCUAGGUCCUACUGGGCUCCGGCGAAUAUUGGGCCGUAUUCGCAGGCUGUCUCGAUCCCGCUGCCGUCCGCCGAGCGCUGUGUGUAUGUUGCGGGCCAGAUUCCGCUGGACCCAGCGUCCAUGGAGAUGGUUGAUGCGCCGGCGGAUGCCUCGUGGGUGGAGCGAUUCUCGCUGCACGCGGCGCUGUCGCUGCAGCAUAUGUGGCGGAUCGGGACGGCCAUGCAGGUCGACUGGUGGCUCGGGGGCGUGGCAUAUUUUACCGGCGCGGAGCACAAAGCACAUGUGGCGUGGCGAUUGUGGGAAAUGAUGCAUGCGCCGGAGGAAGAUGGCGACGAGGAGGACGAAGGUCCCGUGUUGGACGCGUGGGAUAUCAAGUAUGGACAGCGGGCGUACGAGCAGCCGGCAGCGGGGACGGGGACCUCCGCGCUGCCAAACUUUGACAUCGCCGAGUCGGAAGGGAUCGUUCCGCCGUUCUUUGCGGUCCAGGUGGCCGAGCUGCCGCGGGGCAGCGAGGUCGAAUGGCAGGGAUUGGGAUAUGCUGGCGGGGGCGUGAAGCUGACCACGGAGGUCAUCGAUGACGGCCAAGUGAUUCAUACCACGACUGAGGGCCGGCUGCGGUAUACGGCGGUCGAGUUGGACCUGGAGCGGUCCGCCUCCGACCUGGAAUCGAGUCUGCAGCGCGUGCUGGAAAGAUACGCUCCCUCCCCGCGCGAAGAGUGUCAUUGUGUGCUGUACACUGCGCAGCCGGUCUCGCGCGACGUGUGGUCCGGCCAGAUUGUGCCCUGCCAGUCGGUUUGGGGCCAAGUAGGUCGGCGACUGGCGGCUGGGGUUCUGAUCCAGCGGCGUCUGUAG